AAAACACCAGCAUCCCUGAAUCAGCAAUAUUCAACGUGAUAAUGUCUGUGUCCAACAACCAGUGGUCCAAGUGUAGCUACAUCUCCAAGUUUGAGCAGCACAGAGAAGAACCCAUCAAUCCGCCCAGGCCCAGUUGUGCACCCAGGGUGGUGGUCAUCCAUCAGCACCAGACAGAUCACGCCGACACGGACUCCUUUGUCCCCAGCCCGCCCGCCUCACAGUCAAGUCCCGGGUCCAGCGUCGGCAGCAGCGCCUGCGCCAGUCCUCAGCCCAGCCUGUGGCGUUAUUUGAGAUGGAGCUGGACGAGAACGAGAGGGACAAUGUCUUCACGGCGACUGGAGCAAUGGAUAUCGACGCCCCCCCUGCAGGCCCGGAGCGAGACGCCUUCAUUUACAUGAACUUCAUGAAGCGUCACAGCUGCUAUGACGCCAUUCCCACCAGCUCCAAGCUGGUCAUCUUUGACACGAGACUGCAGGUAAAGAAGGCUUUCUUUGCCCUGGUGGCUAACGGCGUGAGAGCAGCACCGCUGUGGGACAGCAAGCGCAAGUGUUUUGUUGGUAUGCUGACCAUUACUGACUUCAUCAACAUUCUUCAUCGUUAUUACAAGUCUCCACUGGUUCAGAUCUACGAGCUGGAGGAACACAAGAUAGAGACGUGGCGAGAGAUCUAUCUUCAGUACUCCACCAACAGCCUCAUCAGCAUCGCCCCUCAGGCCAGUCUCUUUGAUGCCAUUUACUCGCUGUUGAAGAACAAAAUACACCGACUGCCUGUCAUCGACCCGGCGUCGGGAAACGUCCUCCACAUCCUGACGCACAAACGCAUCCUCAAGUUCCUCCACAUAUUUGGGUCCAUGAUUCCCAAGCCGUGGUUCCUGCAGAAGCAGAUCUGUGAGCUGGCCAUCGGUACCUUCAAAGAGAUCGCAACGGUGCAAGAAUCGGCGUCGGUCUACGACGCUCUGAGCGUCUUCGUGGAGCGUCGAGUGUCUGCUCUGCCUGUGGUCAACGAGCAAGGUAAAGUGGUGGCGCUGUACUCCAGAUUUGACGUCAUUAACCUGGCAGCCCAGAAGAACUACAACAACUUGAACAUGACCAUGAGGGAGGCCAUCUCCUCCCGAGCCUGCUGGAUGGAGGGCGUGCUCAAAUGUUACCCCCAUGAAACCUUAGAGGCCAUCAUCGACCGCAUCGCUAGGGCUGAGGUGCACCGUCUGGUGUUGGUGGACACUGAGGAUGUGGUGAGAGGGAUCGUGUCCCUGUCGGACCUCCUCCAGGCGCUGGUCCUCACCCCUGCAGUCCCGCGGAUGUGUGGCCGACCCGCUCCUCAUCCGCUAAGACUCACCACUGGCUUCUGGUCACCUCCUCUGCCGCAUUUUUUCCGUUCUGAAAUAUUAGCAACCCCGCAGCAGAAGCAAAUCUUUUCUGAAGACGUCCACGCCGGCGCCCCCAAGCCGGAUGUCAGCAAUGUGUGCUAAAUCCUUUCAAACACUCUGAGUCGUCCACAUUGUAGAGGUGAAGCCUCCACAGCACACCCCAGCCAGCAUCCACACCCCCAUGGCCCCAGGUAGCGGCUCCUCCACCCCCUCACCUUGCAGAUGUGAUCAGCAACCAGAAGAACAGGAGAUUGACACUUCAUUUGGACACUUUGUUGCCAUAAAACACAUUGUAUCCAUUCAGUGAUAAUACCUCUUUAAAAACACUUGAUGGAUUUUUUUUUCUUUCUGGUAAAGCGCCAUAAUUGCUGUUUUAUUGCGGGUGGGAAAAAUACUGUAAAUCGGUGGUCACCAACCUUUUGGAGCCCAAGAUCUCCUGUCUCGGCCGUGAACCUGCGCCUGCGCAAGGCAAUAAACCAAAGAUUUACCGUUACCGAAAUUUACCACGAUAACCGACGUCAUUUUGCCCAUGUCGGUAAAUUUGGUGUUUUAAUCAAAAAGAAGAUAAAAGUCCUUUUUUGCCUGUUUUGACCGUGUGUGCUGGUAUGCUAUGUUCAUUCCCCUUUAAGAUGAGGUACAGCGUGCCUCGUCACGUGAUUCCUCCACCCAUCCAGCCUGAACAAGAAGGAAAAACAGACCAUGCGGGAACGGCUGGUGGCUCACGUGAAGAAGCGGCUGUACAGUGCCAGCAUUUCACUCGCGUAUGCGCCUGGAAAUAGACUGUACGAAGAUGUGAAGAAAUAAAAAGGGAGCAUACGUGCGACUACGUUUUUCAACCCUUUCGUUCUCAUUUUGCUCCUGAAAUAAGUCCACACAAAGUCAAUCCAAGUGGAGUAACACUUUGGCGCAUCUGUAUACAAAUCUACAAGUCUCCUACAACUUUUCUCGACUCACAUCAGCGCUUGCUGACGUAGCUAACUAGCUAUUUUAUCAGUGGGAUGCUAACGCGCUGCUUUCCUACUCAAGCGCUAAAAAUCAUUUUUUCCUGUUUGCAUGCAUCUUAACGCCGCU